GGGAACGCGCCCUUGGCAGCUCAAAGCUUCAGCAAGGCUUUUUUUUGUGAGGCUGCGGAGAUCACCCCCCAGGGGUUUGGCACCAUCUGUCAGUUAUAUGCAUCAGAAAGGAACUGCAGCUGCUACCAACUUUGUUGUUCUACACUUGCAGCCUGAUACAGUCAUCUCCCCCCGUGUAAAGGUUCUUGCUGUCCCUAAGACUAAAGGGCGUCACAAAGAAGACACAGCUAGACCCACCUCAGAGGUGCCCAGCAAGGGACACCUCCGUGUUUGUGGCCAGAGACACAAACUGCAGAAAGAGAAACUUCUGACACACACAAUGAAAUUUUCUGUCUCAGAGGGUGCUGCAGCCCAGGGACAGGGUACCCAGAGAAAGGGGGGGCUCCAUCCUUCCCACGCAGUUGGCUCUGGCUUUGGGGAACUGUGGAGACCCCGACCCAGCUGCUGCUCACAACCUGUAGCCUUUACUCUGGAUGAAAGCUGCAGCACCAGAGAUGCUGCCAAGCUGGCUCUGCUGCUGUUCUGCUGUUUUUUUUUUUGUUUGUUUGUUUGUUUUUUUCCUUACAACGGUGACUUUCUCUGCAGCAGCUCCCACGGCCAGCUGCUGUGCCCCAGCAGCCAGUCAAAGCCUUACUGUGUGCAUCUCUGCGCAGUGCGGGUCUGCAGCUCGGGACACCCCCGUGUUGAGCUACCAUUGGUGCCAAGGGCGCUGCGGCACGGCUCGGGGCUCUCCGCCCCCAGGCAUAAGAAGCCAGCAGGUGCCAGGGCCCCGGCUGUGUUCCUGGGCAUCGCUGAGCUGCAGCUCCGCCGUCAGCAGGGAGGACUGCACCGUGACCAUGUCUGAGCUGGAGAAGGCCAUGAUCGCCGUCAUUGAUGCCUUCCACCAGUACUCUGGGAAAGAGGGAGACAAGCACAAGCUGAAGAAAUCAGAGCUGAAGGAGCUCAUUAACAAUGAGUUGACCCAUUUCCUUGGUGAGAUCAAAGACCAGGAGACUGUGGACAAAGUCAUGGAAGCGCUGGACAGCAAUGGGGAUGCAGAGUGUGACUUCCAGGAGUUUGUAGCCUUCAUCGCCAUGGUCACCGCUGCUUGCCAUGAGUUCUUUGAGCAUGAGUGAGCCAGUGGGAAGCAGCUGAGCACCUCCCACUCAAGCUGGAGAGAUGCAGAGCAGUACUAUGUCUCCUGGGGAAAGACUGGGUAUGCUUAGGGGCUCCUUGGAGUUAAGCUUGUGCUUGUCUUAAGCAGCUUAUUAAGUUCUGCAGCUUUGUGAGCAGAAACACCCAUGUGGCUCAGGAAAGCCUUGUGACCAGUGCCCACCUGGUUGGAUGCAGUGUGCAUGAAUGUCUCAUCUCAAACUCACUCCCUGUUGCCGUAUGCAAGGGACAAACAUGGGGCUGGAGGCAGGUGGCCACUGCAAUCUGGGGUUGUUUGCAAAAGGAGAAGGAAAACUCAAGACCUGAGGUGGGGGGGGAAUGCAGAGGUGCUGGUUACAGAAGCCUGUCUCUGAGCCCACUGGCCUAAAUGGAAAGGCUCCUGUUGACUUCUGUGGGCUCUGACCACCUUGCACAUGGUACUAACCCAGUCCCAUCACAGGGGCUCAGCAGAGACCAUGCAGCUCUUGGCAACUUGAGACAUUCCUAGUUUGAAAGGCAAAGCAUAACCACGUAACAGACCAAGCUUUUCUCUUGCCCAUGAAUCCUCCUGCUUUUAGCAGCCUGCAGAACUGGAAGUGAAAGCACAUGAGGCUCCUGGACUGGGGGCAGUUUCUGUGCCUGGGAUGCACCUUGGUAAGGUCUCCAGGCUCAGCCCAAGGAAAAGGGGGAAUCCAUACAACAUUACCACCUGCAGCCUCCAGAGUAUGUGGAAACAACGAGAAUAAAAUGUUCUGUUAUCUAGGCCACAACUGGGCUCUAGUGAAAAAUGUGUCCUUUUGUCCCAGGCUCCGUGCACCUCUAUGGCUACCAUGCACUGUCAGGGGAAGGCUGAAGGACACAGCCUGGAGUGCCACUAUGGCACACACUGGCAGUAGGCUGAUAAUUGGGCAUCGAUUCGUCAACUCCUCCCUGGCACCACUGCUGCCAGUCAAAAAGCUCAGGGUUGUUGCCACCACUGUGCUCCACAAGGCUGCCCAAACUGUGAGGCCAAAGGAACACAAUGCACCUCAGCAGGAUUGCUGCCAUUCAGUUUGUGUCUGCUUCUGGCAGGGUCAUCCUCAGGCUUGCACUGAUGAGCCUCUGCAGAGCCAAAACUGAGCCUAAGACAAUUUUCCUGAAGCCCGUGUUUCAGUCUUUUUUCAGUCUGCACUUGCCAUCCAGAUCAGACACACCUCUAAGUUAGGCAUUCAUGCAUAGGAACAAUACAGCAACAUCUCUACUCAUAAAUUCACAAUAACGAUGA